AUUCCCAGUCACUCGAGAUCUUUCUUUUAAAUGUCAAGACCUCCGGACAGAGCAUAUUAAACAUAAAAAAUAAUUCAUAUUUAUUUCGAGUGUUUUUUAAAAAAUAAAAUAAUUUCUUAUAAAGAGACAGAAAUUUUUUUUUUCGUUAACUCGGAGUCAUGAUAAAUAUUUUAAUUUGAAGAUUGUCAAUUAAUAAAACAUGUCAUCUAAAAUUGAAACAAUGAUAAGUCACGAUACUCCUGAUAUUGAGAAUCUACUCAAUUUGAAUCCAAAAAUAAAGCAAUUUACAAAUCUUGUUCCAUCAAUUAAAACAAAAUCGAACAAAAAUCAUUGGAAGCGAAAUAUCCAUGAAAAAUGUGAUGGUUGUUUGAGUUUGACGAAAAAUUUCGAUGACAUUAAAACAACAACAUUAAGUGAAAGGGGAGCAUUAUUUGAGGCUUCAAGAUGCUUAAAAUGUGCCGAUGCGCCCUGUCAAAAAUCGUGCCCAACGCAAUUGGAUAUAAAAUCAUUUAUAACUUCGAUUUCAAAUAAAAAUUAUUAUGGAGCUGCAAAAGCAAUUUUCUCGGAUAAUCCAUUGGGACUUACUUGUGGAAUGGUAUGUCCAACGAGUGAUCUUUGUGUAGGUGGAUGCAAUCUUUAUUCAACUGAAGAGGGGCCUAUUAAUAUUGGAGGAUUACAGCAAUUCGCCACUGAUAUAUUUAAGAAAAUGAAAAUUCCUCAAACCAGAAUUCCUGGCCAGUCGAUUGGCAAUGCAGAGACAAAGAUUGCCCUAAUUGGAUGUGGUCCAGCCUCAAUUUCAUGUGCAACAUUUUUGGCUCGUUUGGGCUACGACAAUAUUACAAUUUUUGAAAAGGAAAAUUUUGUUGGCGGUUUAAGUACAUCAGAAAUUCCACAAUAUCGACUUCCAUUUGAUGUUGUUAAUUUUGAAGUGGAUCUUGUUCGUGAUUUGGGAGUGAAAAUUGAAUUUGGACGGAGUCUCUCAAAAAAGGAUCUGACUAUCCAGGGUUUAAAAACUGAGGGCUAUAGUGUAAUAUUUUUGGGAAUUGGCCUUCCUGAGCCAACAUCAGUUUCAAUUUUAAGCGAUUUAACAAUUGAAAUGGGCUUUUUUACUUCGAAAAAUUUUCUCCUCUCUGUUGCAAAAGGCAGUAAACCAGGAAUGUGUCCCUGUAAGGGUAACAAUUUACCAAAUCUUUAUGGAAAUGUCAUUGUUCUUGGAUCAGGAGACACGGCCUUUGAUUGUGCCACUUCCGCCUUAAGAUGUGGGACGAAAAAAGUUUUUGUCGUUUUCAGAAAAGGAUUCACUAAUAUUCGAGCUGUUGCUGAAGAAAUGGAAUUAGCUCGUCAUGAAAAAUGUGAAUUUUUACCAUUUCAUUCGCCAAAAAAAGUUGUAGUACGAAAUAAAAAAAUAGUGGCAAUUGAAUUUUAUCGAACGGAGCAAAACGAAAAUGGAGAAUGGAUUGAAGCUGAGGAUCAAAUUAUAAGACUGAAAGCUAAUUUUAUUAUUUCCGCCUUUGGUUCUGGAUUAUAUGAUCAAGAUGUUAAAAAUGCAUUAGCUCCUGUUAAGCUAAAUAAAUGGGGUCAACCGGAAGUGAAUGUUGAAACGAUGGCAACUUCAGAACCGGGAAUUUUCUGCGGGGGCGAUAUUGCAGGAGUUUCUAACACCACAGUUGAAUCGGUUAAUGAUGGAAAAACAGCGUCUUGGUUCAUUCAUAAAUAUAUCCAAGAGUCAAAUAAUUGUAAAGUUCCAUUAGAACCUCAAUUACCAAAAUUUCACACUCCAAUUGACGAGGUGGAUAUUAGCAUUGAAAUAUGUGGUUUAAAAUUUGACAAUCCUUUUGGCUUGGCCUCGGCACCACCGGCAACAAGCAGUGCUAUGAUUCGACGAGCAUUUCAAGCUGGCUGGGGCUUCACGGUUACAAAAACAUUUUGUUUAGAUAAGGAUUACGUAACGAAUGUUUCGCCGAGAAUAGUUAAAGGAACAACUUCCAGACAUCGCUAUGGACCAGAACAAGGAAGUUUUUUGAAUAUUGAAUUAAUAUCAGAAAAAAGUGAAAGAUACUGGCUAAAGAGUGUAACAGAGUUGAAAAUUGAUUUUCCAGAGAAGAUUAUUAUAGCUAGCAUAAUGUGCAGUUUCGAUAAAGACGAUUGGACGGAACUUUCAAAAAAAGCCGAAAAUGCUGGAGCUGAUGCUUUGGAAUUAAAUUUAUCCUGUCCCCAUGGAAUGGGCGAAUCUGGAAUGGGCUUAGCAUGUGGACAGGAUCCAGAAUUAGUGAGAAAUAUCUCCCUAUGGGUGCGAGAUGCUGUGAAAAUACCAUUUUUCGUGAAAAUAACGCCCAAUAUCACCGAUGUUGUUAUAAUUGCAAAAGCUGCUUUUGAAGGAAAAGCCGACGGCGUCACUGCAAUUAACACAGUUUCGGGGUUAAUGGGACUACAUGGAGAUGGAUCACCGUGGCCAGUAGUUGGUAGAAAUAAAUUAACAACAUACGGAGGCGUCUCAGGAAAUGCAAUUCGACCAAUGGCAUUAAGAGCAGUUUCUGCAAUUGCUAAUAGUUUACCCGGAUUUCCAAUUCUUGCAACCGGAGGCAUUGACUCAGCCGAAGUUGCUUUACAAUUCUUCCAUUGUGGAGCUUCAGCCAUACAGAUUUGCAGUGCAGUGCAAAAUCAGGAUUUUACUGUAAUAGAUGAUUAUAUAACUGGACUGAAGGCGCUUUUAUAUUUACAAAAUUUGGAUCAAACGAAGAAUUGGGAUGGACAGAGUCCUCCAACAUUGAAGCAUCAGAAAGGAAAACCUGUUUCUCUUACACAUGCACUGGGAGAAAAAAUUCCAUAUUUUGGAGAAUAUCAGAAACUCCGGGAGGAAAAGAUAGCUGAAAUUAAAUUGCAAUCAAAUCCAUUAUCUUUGGAUGCAGAAAUAACUCAAUCGGAUACGAAGACAAAUGGUCCAGUACAGAAAAUAGAAAACAUAAUUGGAAAAAGUCUUCCUCACAUUGGAGUUUACAAAAAAUUAGACAACAACCAACAAGUUGUCGCUCUCAUUGACGACGACAUGUGUAUAAAUUGUGGAAAAUGCUACAUGACUUGUGCUGACUCUGGCUAUCAAGCAAUUACAUUUGAUUCGGAAACCCAUAUUCCAAAAGUGACUGAUGAUUGUACAGGUUGCACAUUAUGUCUCUCGGUUUGUCCAAUUAUCGACUGCAUAGCAAUGGUUCCGAAGACUAUACCUCAUAUCAUCAAAAGAGGAAUUCUCCCGAAAGAUUUGAAAUGAAAGUGCUCAGAAAACUUGAAUUAUUCCAGUUUGGACUAAGCUGAUUUGCUUCUUACACCAUCCGAAAAUUAUUCAUCUUCCUUAAUUUUAUCGUUCCUUUGAAAAAUUAUACUUUCCAUUAUAAUAUUUUACCUGAAAAUAAAAUUAGUUUUAUACACAAUA